ACCGUGCGCGCCGCGGGCCAUCUCCGGGUUGGGUACCGGUAUAAUCCGCUUCUAGCUUGUUUGGAAGCGUGGGCUCUUGGGAACGGGACUUCUGUUAGAUUCUUGCUUAGGGGCUUGGAAAAGAGGAAAACUGGGCUGCCUGCCCAGAGGGACUGUCGCCUCCAGUAACUGGAGAGUCGAUGGGAAGAGGGUCCCCUCUCCCUGCCCACUUUUAUGUGGGGUAUCCCUAACAGAAAAGGAAAUGAGAUUUUUGUUGUUUUUCUUUGAUUUUUUAAAAAGCCAUCCGCAGUGAAGGAGCGCUGCUUCGGGUCGAGGGCAGGAGAGGAAGUGCACUGCUGACUGUAACGUGCUGCCGGCUCCCAGGAUGGAGGAGUGAAGUCUCGUGUCGCAGCGGUUCCAGCCCCCGGAGCCCGCCCCGCAGCCGAGUCCUGAGAGAGCCCUGAGGGAGCAGGGUGGCCACCUGGUCCAGGAAUGUUUACCCUUGCGGAAGUUGCUUCACUCAAUGACAUCCAGCCGACAUACCGAAUCCUGAAGCCGUGGUGGGACGUGUUUAUGGAUUACCUGGCGGUCGUUAUGCUGAUGGUAGCCAUCUUCGCGGGGACCAUGCAGCUCACCAAAGACCAGGUGGUCUGCUUGCCGGUGUUGCCGUCGCCUGCAAACCCAAAGGCGCACACAGCUCCCGGGGACACUGACGUCCCCACCGAAGUCCCGAAGGUGCAAACAGCCACUCACCAGGACCAGAACGGGCAGACCGCAAACGACGUUCCCUUUGGCACGUCUGCUGUGACGCCUGACGUACCCCUCCAGACCACCCGUGCGCAUGCGGAGUCCACCUCCACCUUCCCAAACCAGGAGGCCAAGAAGGAGAAGAGAGAUCCAACAGGCCGGAAAACCAACUUGGAUUUUCAGCAGUAUGUGUUUAUCAACCAGAUGUGCUACCAUCUGGCCCUCCCUUGGUACUCCAAGUACUUCCCCUACCUCGCCCUGAUCCACACCAUCAUCCUUAUGGUCAGUAGCAACUUUUGGUUCAAAUAUCCCAAAACCUGCUCCAAAGUUGAGCAUUUCGUCUCAAUAUUAGGAAAGUGUUUCGAAUCUCCCUGGACCACUAAAGCCCUGUCUGAGACAGCCUGCGAGGACUCUGAGGAAAACAAGCAAAGGAUAACAGGCGCCCAGACCCUGCCAAAGCACGUCUCCACCAGCAGCGACGAGGGCAGCCCCAGCGCCAGCACCCCCAUGAUCAACAAAACUGGCUUCAAGUUCUCGGCGGAGAAGCCGGUGAUCGAAGUCCCCGGCAUGACGAUCCUGGACAAGAAAGACGGGGAGCAGGCCAAAGCCCUGUUUGAGAAAGUCAGGAAAUUCCGUGCCCAUGUAGAGGACAGUGACUUGAUCUAUAAGCUCUAUGUGGUCCAGACCCUUAUCAAGACGGCCAAGUUCAUUUUCAUCCUCUGCUAUACCGCGAACUUCGUCAACGCCAUCAGCUUCGAGCACGUGUGCAAGCCGAAGGUCGAGCACCUGACCGGGUACGAGGUGUUCGAGUGCACUCACAACAUGGCGUACAUGUUGAAAAAGCUCCUCAUCAGCUACAUCUCCGUCAUCUGCGUCUACGGCUUCAUCUGCCUCUACACUCUCUUCUGGCUGUUCAGGAUCCCCCUGAAGGAGUACUCUUUUGAGAAGGUCCGAGAAGAAAGCAGCUUCAGUGACAUCCCAGAUGUCAAGAACGACUUCGCCUUUCUUCUGCACAUGGUCGACCAGUACGACCAGCUCUACUCCAAGCGCUUCGGGGUGUUCCUAUCGGAGGUCAGCGAGAACAAACUGAGGGAAAUUAGUUUGAACCACGAGUGGACUUUCGAGAAACUCAGGCAGCACAUGGUCCGCAACGCCCAGGACAAGCAGGAGCUGCACCUCUUCAUGCUGUCUGGGGUGCCCGACGCGGUCUUUGACCUCACGGACCUGGAUGUGCUGAAACUUGAGCUGAUCCCCGAAGCGAAAAUCCCUGCCAAGAUCUCUCAGAUGACCAACCUGCAGGAGCUGCACCUCUGCCACUGCCCUGCAAAGGUCGAGCAGACCGCUUUCAGCUUCCUCCGGGAUCACCUGAGGUGCCUUCACGUGAAGUUCACCGAUGUGGCCGAAAUCCCUGCCUGGGUGUAUUUGCUGAAAAACCUCCGGGAGCUGUACCUCGUGGGCAACCUGAACUCGGAGAACAACAAGAUGAUCGGACUCGAGUCCCUGCGGGAGCUGCGGCACCUGAAGAUCCUGCACGUGAAGAGUAACCUCACCAAAGUCCCCUCCAACAUAACCGAUGUGGCCCCGCACCUCACGAGGCUCGUCAUCCACAACGACGGCACCAAGCUCCUGGUGCUCAACAGCCUGAAGAAGAUGAUGAAUGUCGCCGAGCUGGAGCUGCAGAACUGCGAGCUGGAGAGAAUCCCGCACGCCAUCUUCAGCCUCUCUAACCUGCAGGAGCUGGACUUGAAGUCGAACAGCAUACGCACGAUCGAGGAGAUAAUCAGCUUCCAGCAUCUGAAGCGGCUGACUUGCCUAAAACUGUGGCACAAUAAAAUUGUGACCAUCCCGCCCUCCAUCACCCACGUCAAGAACUUGGAGUCACUUUAUUUCUCCAACAACAAGCUCGAGUCCUUGCCGGUGGCAGUAUUUAGUUUACAGAAGCUCCGGUGCCUGGACGUCAGCUAUAACAACAUCUCCACCAUCCCCAUAGAGAUAGGCUUGCUCCAGCACCUGCAACAUUUGCAUAUCACAGGGAACAAAGUGGACGCUCUGCCAAAACAGUUGUUUAAGUGCGUGAAGUUGAGGACUUUGAACCUGGGGCAGAACUGUAUCAGCUCCCUGCCUGAGAAAAUCGGUCAGCUGUCCCAGCUCACCCAGCUGGAGUUGAAGGGCAACUGCCUGGACCGCCUGCCAGCCCAGCUGGGCCAGUGUCGGAUGCUGAAGAAAAGCGGGCUUGUUGUGGAAGACCAACUGUUUGACACGCUGCCACUGGAAGUCAAAGAGGCAUUGAAUCAAGACGUAAAUGUCCCCUUUGCAAAUGGGAUUUAAACUUAAGCGUAAUGCGGGCACAUCC